CAUCCAUCUCGCAAUGGCCGUGCCUGACGCAGACGUUCACCCCGAAGCUACCGGUGCAGCCAAAGCGCUGGUUGACCGACACCAAGCUGAGCAACCAUUAAAGCUGUAUGCCGGCUGGUUCUGUCCCUUCAUCCAACGUGUCUGGCUUGUUCUCGAAGAGAAACAAAUUCCCUACCAGUACAUCGAAAUAAACCCCUACCACAAAGAACCCUCCUUCCUCGCUCUGAACCCACGAGGCCUCGUCCCCACUAUCUCCGUCCCCGACCCCUCAACCAACACCUCCAAGCCUCUCUACGAAUCCACCGUCAUCCUCGAAUACCUCGAAGAAGCAUACCCAAACCACCGACCUCUCCUCCCUUCUGACCCGUACCAGCGCGCCCGUUCCCGCAUCUGGAUCGACUACGUCACCUCGCGCAUUAUCCCCACCCUGCACCGCUUCCUCCAGUACCAGCCCUCGACGCGCGGAAUUGAGGGCCUGCACCAAGCCCGUCAGGAGUUCCUCUCCACCUUGAAGGAAUGGGCUAAGGAGAUCGACUCCUCGGGGCCGUAUUUCUGGGGCUCGGAGGUGUCGCUUCCGGAUUUGGUGCUCGCGCCGUGGGCGUUCCGACUUUGGGUGUUUGAUGAGUUUAAGGGUGGAUUAGGGAUCCCGAAGCCCGGAGAGGGAGGGGAGGAUGAGGAGGUUUGGGGCAAAUGGAGAAAGUGGCAGGAGGCUGUUGAGGGACGGCGGAGCGCGAAGGAGACGACGAGUGAGGCGGAGCAUUAUCUGCCCAUUUAUAAGAGGUAUGCGGAUGAUAAGGCGCAGAGUUGGUUGGCAAGAGCAACGAGAGAGGGUAAGGGGGUUCCAUGAUUCAUGAUGAAUAACUCCGUGGUCAUACGAGAUGAGAAAUUCAUACUAGCUUUUGAACUAUAGUCUCGAUAAUCUAUAUAGAGCCUGCUACUACUCGUACUAUGAGCUCUCUAGAGUGGAUUUGUUGGAGCUAGUAAUCAGGCAUUUACUGUUAGGGUCCCGGCUACAACUCAC